CAGCAUUAAAAGUACACAAUAACAUCGUCUUUCUAGAACACACGUAACAUUCGACCUGCUUAUCGACUCAUUUAUUCAUUUUUGGAAAGCCAUGUUCGCAAUAAAAGCAUUGAAUUAUCGAGUAUACUUAUGCUUUGCAAUAUUUUCAACUAUCAGGUGUGAUAUUGGGUACCAAGUUCAGAAUUAUGAAGAAAACAAGAAAGAUUACAAGGAUUACUUGUUCUCCAGAUGUUACAUAGAUAUCUGGAACACAGGGCAAAUGAAAGCAGAUGACCUUCCUUCGAUAUUCGCAAUAGUUCAAAAAGGACCGGACACAGAGCCAGGCUAUUUUUUACCCCAAUUUAAAACAAGCGAUCGUAUAUUACAAAUCGAAUUCAAACACAAAGAAAAGCUUAUCAUUAUUUGUCACAAAGGUGGAGUGAAUUAUGACGAUAAGAAAAUCGAAUGUUCGAAUGGAAAGAAGGUUCCUGAUAUUGACACCAUUAAAGAAUGUAAAGAGUCCGCAGCUAAGCCAAGUUUACGUGAUUCGGAGACGUCAUGUGGCGACAGUACAGAAAAUAAACUGUUUGAAAUUGGCUACAAAGUAUUUCCCAUGUACUCAACGGAACAGUACGUGAUAGAGGACGAAAACAUUAUGACAAAUUUAUUUUUCCCAUUUAUUAACGUUUGCCUGGAUCCGAUACGCAGAGUUACCUCGUAUACAUCUCAUAUGAUCGACGGCAAAACGAUAGCAGGUAGACAGAUAUUAAGUUUCAUUCCAGAAGACUUCUCUAUGGAAGGAUAUCACGUCAUUCAUAAAGCUUUCAAAACAGAUGCCGAUGAAGUUCGUGAUUUGAAAAAAACAUACAGACCGCAAAAACAAUUUCACUAUUUGUACACUUUAUUCCGUGAAAAAUUGAGGGAUUAUUUCGAUAACGAAGAUUAUAAUUUCGUGCCUCGACAACUUACUCCUGAUUACGAUAUGUUGCUGAAGAAUUGGAAAUCUCUCACUCAUUACUUUAUCAACACAGCUCCUCAAUGGAAAAUACUUGCUUGCACUUGGGAUGCAUUAGAAGAUCUCAUUAGAGAACGUGCCAGUCAAAGAAAUUACGAAGUUAGAAUAUACACUGGAACUUACGGUAUUUUAACUCUGAGUGAUAUUGAAGUUUUCAUAUCACCAGAAAAAUUAUCUGUUCCAAAAUACUUCUGGAAAAUUGUUCUGCAUAGAAGAGAAGAAGAUUACGCUGCGAUCGGUUUCGUAACAUCUAAUAAUCCUUACGACAAUGAGAAAACUCCAUUUUGUGAAAGCAUAUGUCGUCAAAAAUUAUGGCCCAUUGAUGUGAAAACUCCAGGUUUGGGCAAAACGGUCUGUUGUCCAGUUUCAGAUAUGCUUCGUAAAAUGAAUUUCAGAAUUCCAAUAAAGAAGAUUGAUAGUAAGAGUGGAAGAUUUACUGAUUUAAGACGUGUCAAAAAUGUUCUCGUGAUGCCUCCUUAAAUUUAAUAAUUUUUCUACCUCCAUUUUGUAAUAUGUACUAAUAUCAAAUAAUUUUUUGUCAGUAAUAAA